GACAGGUCCUUUCGGCCGGUGACGUAUUUCCGCUCCGCUUCCGGCUUUUCAGCGAGCCAGUUGCCAGAAACCAAGAUGGAGGAAACGAGCGAAAAUCACGGGGAUUCACCGGCUAAUGGAGGCGGCGAAACAGCGAGCGAGUCUGUCCUGGCACCGGCACUGUCACCGGCGACCGAGGAGCCGCCGUGCGAAACGAAACGUAAAAUUGAUGUCCUGCUGAAGGCCGUUGGGGAUACCCCAAUAAUGAAGAGUAAGAAGUGGACUAUAGAGAGGACUCGGACGGUGCAAGGUCUUAUGGACUUCAUCAAGAAGUACCUGAAGCUGGACGCAUCGGAACAGAUGUUUAUCUAUAUCAAUCAGUCGUUUGCUCCAUCACCGGACCAAGAAGUAGGAAUUUUAUACGAGUGCUUUGGCAGCGACGGAAAGCUCGUUUUACAUUACUGUAAAUCACAAGCUUGGGGCUGAAGAACGGCCAGCGCUAUCUCUUCUUUUUUUAUUGCUUCUGAUUCUAGAAGACAUUUAUGGAUGUGUUGCCUUAAUGUAGUCAUCCGGGGUCCAGACCUCACUGAGAAGGCUCUGUUUCCAUUCCAUGCCAAAGACGUUCCUGGAGAUAAUGUUUUGACUGUGACCUUCCAGAGAAGCAAGAUGGAUGGAGACCUACGUCAGGCAGCACUUUGACCCAUUCUACACGUCAUUAGCGUACUUUCACACUAUCGUUUUCCUUUUCCGGCACUGAGUUCCGUCACAGGGGCUCAAUACCGGAAAAGAACUGAUCAGUUUUAUCCUAUGCAUUCUGAAUGGAGAGAAAUCCGUCCAGGAUGUCUUCAGUUCAGUCCCUGGACGGAGGAAAUACUGCAGCAUGCUUUUUUUUUUACUUCUACUUCUGUAAGAUUAUAGGUUCCUGAAUUACAUAAACUAAGCCGUGCCACUUCUAUGUAUAUACAGUUAUGUCUUGUGUAUCUAGUAUCUCUAAGACUUCUGCGAUGCUGAAGAGCUCAAGAAAAGCUGCCACUCUUCUUCCGUCACCAUGUGGAUAGAUUGUGCUGGGUAAUUCCAUGUUUUCCCAUCGUGUCUCACUCGCUUUGUACAUUUAUUACAUGUUUCUCUGCCUCUUCUGAAGGCCCUUUAUCGACGUGGACAGAUGAAUGUUCCAGAUCUUUGCUGCACGUAAACACGUCCACCGGUCAGCCAUCAUACGCUCACUUGUCGGCCGAUCAUUGGAUGGCAGCAGCACAUCGCCCUGGGUAAAUAGGGAUGUGCUGCCAACAGUAAUGAAACUGUAUGUGCCCGAGCGAUCGUACGAACCUUCGGUCACAUACAGUGACAAAGUUUGCUCCAUGAGCGCCAAUCAAUUUGCUGUAUUGUCGAUUGUUACGGGCAGCGGAAAAGGACCCUAACCCAGCAAUAAAGUAAAAGCGCCAUCUGCCUCCCCUUUCUUGUCUGUGUAUUGUAUUAUUUUAGAUCACGGUCUAAGGGCCACGUCCCAGGCUUUACUAUUUCCAAAGCCACAAUAAAACCUAAAGUGUUACUGUAAGUAAAAGUGAUAAAAAAAAUAAAUGUGAUUUCAUGCAGCCCUCGAGAAACGUGGACCUUGACUGAGGG